AAAUUUCAGACCGUGCUAAUUCGUUUGCCACCAUCCGGUUUGAGGACAAACAUCGUCGUCAGCGGCAGCCAAGAACAGGUGUAAACGUGUGAAAGUAUGUUGCUCAGACGGUUUCUUCGUUUGGCGCCCACGGUAACGAUGCCACCGGGAAACGGCGUCAUAAAUCGCCAACCUUGUUGUUAUCUGCUUGGCACUUCUGGGCGUAUGCGAACAACAAAAUCAGAACAGCGAAAAAAACAAAAACAGCAACAGCAACUGCCGCGGCACCGUUUCCAUCACGAAACAUCAUGUCAAGUUCAACGACGCGGUGCAAAUCACGCUGCCUCUUAUCAGUGCGAGAAAGGAGGCAACGACGACGCCACUACAAGUUUUGCAGCAGCAGAAACCGGCGGCAACAACUGGGAUCGAAUUACGGCGACGCGAAACAGACACAAAAACAACAACAAUCAACAACAAGGAGGCGUUACAGUUACAACAGCAGCAGAAGCACAUGGCGACGAUGCCAACACCCUAAGAGCAGCGGCGGCAACAACUUCGAGUGAAAACAAUUUAAUCAGCAGGGUUACUACUGCGAAUCUAAGAACCACCCAGCAGCAGCAAAACUGCAACAGCACCGCAGUCGAUUUCGCAGAACGAUCCAAGAUAUUGCACAACACCCGGGCAUCGAGGCGCCAUCUGGUGGGCGCCGAAAUGACCCUGCGCCUUAUCACCGACGAGUGCGCCAUCUACCACCAGCCGAUGGGGGAGGAUUUUUGCUUCGCACGUGAACCAUUUUGGGGCUUUUUCUGGCCCGGAGGACAGGCGCUGACCAGAUUCAUACUGGAUAACGCUGCCGACCAUUUCGCCGGACGGCGCGUUCUGGACGUCGGCUGUGGCUGCGGAGCAUCCUCGAUAGCGGCCUGGCUAGCCGGGGCACAACACAUCACCGCCAACGACAUUGACGCAACUGCCCUGCAAGCAACGCUACUCAAUGCGGAAUUCAAUGGCAUUGUUGGGGGAACUUCCAUCGACAGUCGCAGUUUUGAGGUCGAUGGUUCCAACUGGAUUGGACGGUCCUGCGACGAUUACGACGUCCUACUGAUAGGAGAUUUGUUCUACGAUGUGGAGAUUGCCGACAUCUUACUGCCUUGGCUAUCACGUUUGGUUACCCAAGAGGGAAAGCAAGUGUUCAUCGGAGAUCCGGGACGCCAUGGGCUAACGAACACGCUUCGCCAGAACUGUAUGAUUCAAUUAGCAAGUUACGAGCUGCCGCCCAAUGUUUGCCUCGAGAAUAACGGAUUUUCACACGCCGCCGUAUGGAAGUUGACUGGCAAUGUUGUGUAGUCGUUAGAUAAUACGGAAUCAGCCAAGUAUUCGACAUUGAUUGGAAAAAGUAGAUUCAAAGAUUUGUAUUCCAAGCUUUGUUGGAGCCGGUUUAACGUUUUGUAUGUUACUGAGAGUCGUUAGGAUCAAUCGAAUCAAAUUCAUAAGUUCAAGAUAGACGUUAAGAAUUGCUUAAGGAUAGCUUCGAUUUAUGUUCCAUAAGUAGGAGAAAACUGUACAAGGCGCACCAGCGGGGUAAGAUGGCCCAUGUCAUUAUUUCUUAAAUAUACACUAACCUACGGCUUCGAAUGAUGUUUUUCUUCAUUUUUAUUGUAGCAAACAAGCCUUUUCAUCAUUCAAUAGAUGAAAAGUUCACAAAAUCUGCUUUAGUUCUUAGAAACAGAGGAAUUAAUGGAAUCAGCGAGAAACUUGUAAUUUUUCAUAAGUAACAUAUAAGGUUUUAUGGUAAAACAGCCUGCGCAAUCUGACCAAACUACAGCUUAUCGUUUUACCACUCAUGUGCACUUUCGGAAGACUAUAAAUAUUUAGUUGUAUUUUAUUAACUUCCUACAAAUUUUAUCAAAAAUCAAUCAUAUUAAAAUUGGGGCAGAAUGCCCACAAAACCACGUGUUUUACGCACAAAUUUUGAAUGCUUUUAACUUUUGAGAAAAUCCGAAUAUCAAAACAAAAUGCCAUUCUUUUUAUUUGCUGACUCCCAAAUUACGAUAACAAUGCAUAAUUAUUACUAAUUUCAUCCUUGUUCGAGGUAAAACGGUUCACCAACUUUCGAUUCGAAAAAAUUAUCGGCCGCCAUGUUUGCCGCGAUAUUACUAUAUUAGUCAAAAAAAUUUAAUUUCGUUGCCUACUUGAAGGCGUUUUAUAUAUAAGGAUAUUAAAAAGUGUAUUUUGAAAAGCGAAAUUUUCGAUUAGUUUAGCAAUACUAAAUGAUUUUUAGCCAAAGAAUGGUAGUUUACAAACAUACGAUGAACAUGUAAUUAAACAUUUGGUGUUUCAAUAGUUACAUUCCGUAUAAUCAUUGUUCUAUUUCUUACCACCCUUCCUGUUUGGUGCGUUCUGUCCACUAGUUUUGGCAUUCUACCCCGCGGUUUGUUUUCUGGCUGUUUUAGUUUUUUUACAAAAAUAUAAUCAAAAUCGAGUUUUUAUCAUAUUUUUUCUUUUCGAUAAUACGUA